CCCCCUCAGUGACGAAGGCGACGGAGAAGAAAAGCGCACGGUGGCCGGCUGUUUUUCUCCAUCGCGGCGAAAGGCGCAAAGCUGGAGAGACGAAGCGGAGUCGAAAGAGGUAGCUAACGGGUUUUUUGUAACCAUGGUGGGAGAAGACAACAUAUCUCUAAGAAAUCGCCGAGCUAUGUACGGCACUGCAGAAGAGAAAGAUGACUUACCAAGCAGGCUGGAAGAAGACUGGCCGUCGUCUGCAUCAAGCAAUGGUCGCAUUGAUGUUGAUCUUGCAAUAACAAGAAAGAUGCGACUUUUAACAGAAGCAGAGCAGUUGAAGCCAGCAUUCAUGAAGGGUGUGGAGAAGCAUUUUACUGAAGUUGUCAAUAGUUUGAUUGCAAAUUCUGUGCUGCUGGAAUCUUCCCCAGCUGCUUUUCCAGAAAAAGACAGUCUCAAAAUCAAGGGAACAAGAGCACCUCCAGAACAUGGAAAAGUUUUUAUUCCCAGAAAGUCUCUCUUGGAUGAGUUAUUUGAAGUGAAUCAUAUCCGGACCAUCUACCACAUGUUUAUUGCUAUCCUCGUUUUGUUCAUCCUCAGCACACUUGUGGUGGACUACAUUGAUGAGGGAAGGCUUGUGCUAGAAUUUGAUUUCCUCGUUUAUUCUUUUGGCAAAAUUUCUAUCGUCAUUCCAACUUGGCUUUGCAUGUUCUCCUCCACGUUACUUGUGCCCUACGUCCUCUUUGUCCGGUGGGCCCAGGGGUUCCAUAGCUCCUCCCACAAGAUCAUCCGUUCCACUUUAUUUGGGACACUGUUUGUGAUGUUCCAAACAGUUUGUCUUGGAUUUGGACCAACUUACAUUGUUUUGGUUUAUGAUCUACCACCAGCUUCUCGUUUUAUAAUUAUACUUGAACAGGUACGUUUUGUGAUGAAAGCUCACUCUUUUGUCAGGGAGAAUGUUCCCCGAAUAAUCUCUGCUACUCCUCAAAAGUCAAAUUCUUUUCAUCUUCCUAAAGUUUCCCAAUAUCUGUAUUUUCUUUUUGCUCCCACUCUGAUUUACAGAGAUGAAUAUCCCAGAACACCUACAAUAAGAUGGAGCUAUCUGGCUACCAAGAUUGCACAGAUUCUUGGUUCAUUUUUCUAUGCUUAUUACAUAUUUGUAAGACUCUGUAUCCCAACAUAUCGGAAUUAUAGCUUGGAACACUUCAGUCUACGAGGACUAGUUCUUUGCAUCUUCAACUCUAUUCUUCCAGGUGUAUUGAUUUUGUUCCUGACCUUCUUUGCAUUCCUUCAUUGCUGGCUUAAUGCUUUUGCUGAGGUGCUCCGCUUCGCUGACAGAAUGUUUUAUCAGGACUGGUGGAAUUCUACAUCUUUUUCAAACUAUUACCGAACCUGGAAUAUCGUGGUACAUGAUUGGCUGUAUUACUAUGCCUACAGGGAUUUUCUUUGGUUCUUCGGGAAAAAAUUCAAAGCAGUUGCUAUGCUGUCAGUUUUCAUGGUUUCUGCUGCAGUACAUGAAUAUGUCAUGGCUAUUUGCUUGGGUUACCUAUAUCCAGUCAUGUUCUCCAUGUUCCUGUGUUUUGGAAUGGUUUUCAACUUCAUUCUCCAUGACCAGCGGAAAAACCCCAUUUUUAACAUCAUCAUGUGGGCGUCCCUCUUCCUUGGCCAUGGUGUCCUUAUUUGCCUUUACGGGCAGGAGUUAUAUGCACGUCAGUAUUGUCCCAAGGAAAAUCCAACUUUUCUGGAUUAUGUGAAACCACGUUCCUGGUCUUGCCCUCUUAAGAUAUGAAGACCUCUGGGAGUUGUCUUUAGAACCAAUAUCAGAAGAUGCUCUUUAGUCAAACAAUAACAAAUUGGGCCCAAUGAUAUAAAUGAGUUUAGCCUUUUUUAAAAAAGGAAAUUGUAUGUAUUUCUGGAAAAUGAUGGCAUUUGGGCACCCAAGGCAGCUAAACUUGUAGAAAGCCCAAUAGAUUAUUCUCAUUCCUAGUUAUUCCAAUAUGAGCCAUUUCCAUGCUGGUUAUGAAAUCUGCAAAAAGGUUAGUGAAGAAAUUUCUAGUUAAGUUUUGCCUAUUGCAAAUAGUUCUCUAUGUAGUAUUUCAUUUACCCAUUGUUUCCUUUAAAAAAGUAGUAUUGUGUGAUCUGGAUAAUAGUGACUAUUUGCAUAGGUCUUCUGUCAGAAUCACUUGAAAUGGGACAUUUGAACAGUAUUUGUACUACAGAAUGAAUGCUACUUUUGUCCAGAACCUGAGAAAAAAAUAGAUAUGUCUGUCAACACUGGGCUUAGGGAAAAAAUAAAGAACAGUUAAGGUACAUUUACUAUUUAUUUUAUUUCUUAUACCAUACCAUAAAGGAUUGCUGAAAUAUCUUACUGAGAGCCCUCUUUGGUGAUGAGUCAAAUAUAUCCCUCCCUUGUAAGUGAAUGUAUUAAUGCCUGGUUUACUUCACCUGCCACAAGUGGGCUUUUCCUAUAAUAGUAAUAAUAUAAAUAUGUCAUUUCAACGGAUGCAGCCAUGCAACGGAUGAUAGUAAAAGUUAUAAUUUGGCCAAGGGUAAAUAAAAGUUGGGCAUGAUCCAAUACUGCUUUGAAGGGUAAAAUUAUUGUCUGUAUGAAUAAUGUAUUGUGAAAAAUAUGUCUAAUGUUUUGCUUUGACAUCCUUCAGUAUUUUUCUUUUAAAUUAAAGAAAGCCCAGUGUAAUUGACUAUACUGUCUAGUAUUUCCUUUGAUGCUUAGUUUCUUGAUAAUCUGACAACACAGAGUGGGCAUUUACUACCAGGUUCAUUUAGUUUUUAGUUUUUGAACUGUUAACAUUGUAGGCUUAUAGCAAAGUUAUCAGGGAUAGCCUUGUGGGUUCCAUUAACAUUCAGACUAGGACCAGUUUCUGCAAUAAUGAUGUGUUCUACUGAAGAUCACAGAGUUUAAAACAAAAUGUGUUUAAAACUUUCUUUCUUUUUAGUUUAAGACCAAUUUAAAUGUGAUAUUAUUAACCCAGUUAACAAGUGUAUAAAACUAUUUUCUUAAAAAAGAGGUUGCCAUGAAAGGUAGGUUUUAUAUAAUUUUCUCUUCCUUGUUAUGAUCCCAGUUUGAAGAAUUUGGAAGGGAAGCUCUUUUUGUUUGCAAUCAUAGGCAGUUUUCCCCUCUAUCGGUAAAAAUUAUCACAGCCAGCAGAUUUUAUGCAUUAGAUUCCUGUGAGCUAGUCUUUCUCAACUAUGAGCAUAAUAUCUUUAUAAUAUCUUUUUUUACAAACAUCAUUAAUAUGUGGUCAUAUGCCCAUUAUUUUGGUCAUAUGCCCAUUAUUUUUACAUUCUUUAUUAAUUAUCACUGCAGUGAUACAGAACAUAAUUAGUACUGAAGAACUGAGAAAAGCUCUGACUUGGAAAGCUUCAGUGUUCCAGUUAAAAUAGCAGUUUGCUCAGUAAGAUUCCUUUGAAAGUGAUGAGAUAAUGAGAAAAUUAAAUAAUAAAAUAAAA